AUGAGAUUCUCUUACGCUACUUCCGCUCUCUUAGCUGUUGCUGCUACCAGUGUGAAUGCUGCUCUGGUUACUCAGUAUGUUCAAGUAACUGUUGAUGUCUAUGAACAGGCACAUGUUUUUGUCAAUGGAAAUGGUGACCCUGUUAGUACUUCUUACGAGCUGGUCUCUAGUGAAGAAAGUGCUCCUACUCAAGUCCCAUCUUCCCAUCAACACUCAGACGCUCAACCUGUUCAAAUUCAGUUAACUACUUCGACCGCCGCUGCUAGCUCGUCUCCUGCCCCUCCUCCACCUGCUCCUACUACAUCUUCUUCCACGACUACCCCACCACCUCCACCACCCCCUACUACUACCUCCAGUCCCCCACCACCCCCACCAGCACCUUCAUCCUCAAGUGCUUCUUCUGAUUCUUCUGAUUCAUCUUCUAGCUCUGGUUCUGGUGAAUUCUCUGGCCAGGGUACUUUCUACAGCCCUGGUAUGGGAUCAUGUGGUAUCGAGUCCUCGGACAGUGAUUUUAUUGCUGCUCUUAAUGCCCCUCAAAUGGGUAGCCCCGCCAACCCCAACGCCAACCCUAAUUGUGGUAAGAAGGCUAUUGUUUACAGUGGUGGAAAGUCAGUGACCGUUACUAUUGUCGACAAAUGUCCCUCAUGUGCUUAUGGCAGUUUGGACUUGUCACCUGCUGCCUUCAAUGAGUUGGCAGACCCCUCUGCUGGUCGCAUCGACAUAUCCUGGUCCUGGGCUUCCUAA